UUGAGGAUGACAGCUAUGUCAAGAGAUUCAAACAAAUUUUAUUAUGUUCGAAUAAGUUGAUUUAGUUCGUAGUUAAUUCAAGUGCAUAAAGUCUCCUAGUGUUUCGCGAUUUUGUUCCAUUAAUAAACUGCUGAUUGAUUCAAGCGGAUACAUUGAAGAAAUCCACUUAUUGACCUUCUGAAUUAACUGUCAAAUGAUCUAACCUCUAAUGAUUUUAAAAGUGAGAGGUGAACCAAUUUUCGGAUUCUUCAAUAAGAGGACUUUCGAUUGAUCCAUUCUUAAGAUUAUAGACAAGCUCCACUUUAAUUAAUAUAUCGUUUCUCGACUGUUGUUCCAGUUUCUCUUUAGUGUCUAGGAAGUUUACGUGGAAAUAACUGAAAUGGAACAUCAUGGCCACGAUAUGCACCAUACCAUGCACUCGCAUAAUCAUUCUGCCAUGCCCAAGAUAGGCACCGACGCCAAAGGUAUGGAUAUGGGUGGAAUGGACCAUAUGGAUAUGGGAAUGAAAAUGUUUUUUCAUUUCGGAACGGUAGAAACGGUACUGUUCGAGCAAUGGAAAUUCUCCACAGUCGGUGGCUUGGUCGGAUCGAUGAUCGGUAUCCUCAUAAUGGCAGCAUUAUACGAAGGACUCAAAUAUUAUAGGGAAUAUCUGUUUUGGAAAACGUACAAUGCGUUACAGUACAGGGCAGUUUCAAUACCGGAGAAAGGAGUCGUGAACGAAGAAAAUCAGAUAGUGCAAAGUGUGGUGGGGGAAGUCAUCCAUAAGCAGCCGCCCACGAUGUGGAGUAAAAUGCAUUCCUUUCAAACAUUCCUCCACAUGAUCCAGAUGGUGCUUUCCUACUUCUUGAUGUUGAUAUUCAUGACGUACAACAUUUGGCUGUGCAUAGCCGUAGUCAUAGGAGCCGGCAUAGGAUAUUUCCUGUUCGGUUGGAAAAAAUCGGUGAUAGUUGAUGUGACUGAACACUGUCACUGAUGAUUGUAUAGACGGAACCGUUGCCUUUCUACAGAGAAAUAAAUAACCGAAAAAAAAAUGCCUUUGUGUAAAUCUCGUUGGGAGAGAAAGAUUUUAACCACUCGUUGAAACUUCAUG